AUGUUGUCCGAAUCUCUGCAGAGCUUUCUCAAGCUCCGCACAGCGCCCUUGGUUCUGGUCGCUGCAACGCCAGGCGUGGAAACUCUGCUUGAGAGGCUUUUCGCCGAGCUGUUUCAGAGAAAUGAGCUUGUCGAUGCGCGUUCAUUGGGCAGUGUUUCUAUUGCUGAGCUUGCAGUUCAGGCUGCACCGCGAAUCUUUGGUGUCUCCUUGACGGAAACCGAUAAACAAACGAAUCUCUCGAAGGCAGGGUCGGAAGACUCGAGGGCAACGCCGACACCGUUUCUUCGCUUUCUAAGUGUUCAUGACGCUGUGCAGUACUUAAAUUUGAGGGAAGACGACCCUUCCUCCGAGUCUCAUAACGCGCUUGCUUGGAACAGCCCCAUUUCCUCCGGUGCUCUGCCGCCUCGAGAUGUACUUCGGUGCUGGCAAGCGGCGUUGCGAAAGCAAAAACGCGAGCAGCUGUCUCUGGGCAAUGCGUCAUCGUUGAUCCUCAGUGUACUGAGUCUAGCGCCAUUUGGAUUACCGCACUUCAUUUUUGAUCAUCCCAUCGCCCAGGUCGUGUUUGCGAGCGUGAAUGACUCCGAAGAUGACAUUUUAAAUUGUCUUCUUCGUGACGAUGCUUCGGGUUGUCGCUUUCAUACAGGUACGCUGGAUUCACGACGACCUCUAUUCAUUUUGGAAAUUUCUGCGGAAUCAUCAGCCGGUAGCGAUGGCAUGAAGCGGACUGAAAUAGAGUUCAGCACUCAAGAUGGAUCACGGGGCACCCGAAUUAUGGUGGAUGCUGCAGAAUGGUCGAGAUCUGCGGAUCUUCGUGAAUAUAUUUCACUUUAUUUCGGGCGAUGGAUUCAUUCGAUUAUUCAGAGUGAAAUCGAGUCACGCGUGGAUCAAAGAGAUCGCGCGGGAAGAAUCGUCCGCAACCAGUUCAGAGCCUGGUUCUCUUCCGGACAGUCAAAGACUCGCGAAGGGGUCAUCCCUGGUCAUCGACUGGGACUUAGUCCCCGCGUUAUGCCUUAUAUCUAUUUAUGGAAUUCGGCUGAAAUGAGAGCUUUUUUCUUAGGGUAUAUGCUCGUUGCUCAGGAGAAAUAUUCAGAGGCGCUAGCCGUCUUUCGAAUGCUCUCAUCGGAUUUCAGGGCCGAUCACAGUUUGAUAUAUUCAGCGGCUGCUUCUGAAUGCCAAGCGAUCGCGCUUAUCCUCAAAGGUUCCAACGAAAGUUUGGAAGUAAUGGAACUCUUACAACAUGCAACGGAAAACUACCGAAAUGCUGGAAGGUUUCUAGAUGCGGUAAGAACGCUUACUCUGUUGGCAACCACCUGCAUCGAAUACAAUAAUCUAUCACGUGCGGCGGAUUUGCUUCUAGAAGAAAGUCUACCCGAAAUAGACUGGUUGCGCAAAGCUCCAAAUGCACUGGGACGUUUGCGCAAAUUGUGUACAGCUGCCUGCUUGGAGCUCGCUGGAGAAUGCUUCAGAGUCCUGCGACGACCGCGACGCCAUCGUACAUGUCAGAUGUGCCUCUCUAUGGCGGCGGAGUGUUUCACCGCUGCGAAAUUUUUUGACGAGGGGCAUAGAUUGUUCGCCCGGAUUUGCGAUCACUUGGCAAAAAAAUCUUGGUCCUGGAUAGAAGCGUACGUGAAUCUUUGCACUGGACGCACCGCGUGGAUGUGCGGAAACAUUUCCGAUGCAUACCAACGUUACACAGCCUUUCUCUCGGAUUUGAAGCCCUCAAGGGUUGACGAUAUCGCUGUCCUUCGGGAAACCGUGUUAGUCGCAUCGGCUCUCGGUGAAGCAACUCGAGCAUCUAGCUGUCGUUUCCCGCUUCUUGAUCAUCGAAGCAUCGUUUUUGCGGAGGAAAACCGCAUUCUCGAGUCUCCACAAUUGAGUGAGUGGAAGGCAAUGUGGGGAGCACUGGAUGCAUUCCGCGAAGCACAGCGCACAUUGGAAGCGGCUGGAGCCAGUAUUGAUCAACAGCAUUGGGAUGCAGAGCUCACUUCUCUCGAUACUGUGAUGGAUUUGCUUGGCGGACAGGAGCGCCACGUCCACGGCAUGCUCCGGGUCUCCGCUGGAGAAAAAAUUGUCGUAACGUGUCGGCUGGAGAAUCCGCUGCGAGCGCCAAUCGAGCUGGACGAUAUCAUACUCCGAAUGCGUAGAGUUUCUAUGAAUCAUUUACUGCGUGAAUCUGGAUCUUCAGCGAGACUUUGUGUGCCAGUAGAGACCGCAGAGACCGUCCGCAUCUCACACAACAGUGACGGGCUUCUACGUGGCGUAUUUGCAAUAUCAGAGAGCGGGGCAUUCGAGGUCGAGGGCAUCAGCUGGAGGGUGCAUUCGCCUCUCUUCGAGCCUAGUCUAAUAUGCUACGCGUUUUACGAGCUUAAUGAAUCGCCAAAAGCCAUGAAUUCAAAGGAUUUGAGGAAAGGUUUGGGGGCAUCUUCACGCGAAUCGUGCGGUCACCUAGCAGUUGAGGUUGGUCCGCCUGCACCUCUUCUUACUUUGAACACUCCGCUGAUUCCGAAAACUGUGAUGAACGGCGAGAUUUGGCACACAAGCAUAACGCUUGCGAAUUCUUCACUGGUGGAUAUUCACAACAUAUCUCUGAGCUGGAGCCCAGAGUCUGACCUGUCGAUGCGCGUCAUGCAGUGCACGUCAUCAAGCACGGAGGUCACUGUACAGCAUGGUCGCCGCGUGGUUUCAGUUCGAUGCACGUUGCAGCAUGGCGACUCCCUCGAAUUCAAGGUUGCGCUCUGGUGUCGUCACCAUAUAUCCGAACGGAGUAUGGACUUGAGGAUAGCUCCACGUUUUCUUCGACUUCUGAUUUUUUCGACCUCUGAAACACCAACGGCUCGCAGGUCAAAGCUGUUGCCUGUCAGAAUUGGGGUCCUUGCUGAAGACUCGGUUAGCGUUCUACCAUGCCACCUUGAGCACUUAGCUUUGGAGACGACCAGCCCAAGUUCCAUCACAGGACAAGGAUCCGCUGUUUCUUAUGGAAACUGUGAUGGUACCAUUAUCGGGCUACAGAUUCAAAACGUCAAUCCAAACGGAAUGACACUAGAAAUUCAACAUCUGCACGCUUGCCAUCGAGGACAGUAUCUUUGGUACGAGCCAUUGUUCACUUUCGCAUCUCCGAAACUUGCACUGCAGCAGUAUGACAAGGCAAAUCUGCUGCUACAUUCAAAACCUGAGACGAGCCACAGCGGUGAUGAUCCGGAGCUCUUGAGCUUCGUCUCCGGUACAGAUUUCGAGGUAUUCCUUCCUGAAAUAUUCCCAAGUGAGCCGGGAACAACGAGAAAACCUUUUGAUCUCGACGACUUGUUUGUGUGCCUCUUCUGGCGCACCCUAGAUAACGGAGAUGGAGGGCAACGCACUGGCUUGACUGCGCUGAAUAUUACGGCCGCGCAGCGGCCUCCGCAAACCAACGAUUAUGUCCAGAAGGAAGAAUCUCUCCUGCUCGCCGCGGAUACUCUAGCGAUCGUUCCUUGCGAGCAUGGUGUGCGCGGCGAGGUUCUGGUUCCCAAGAACAACGCUUAUAGUUCGCUCGCAUGUGUCGAUACAUCGAAAAUACCGUCAGACUUUGCAGUCUGGAGCGGACACAUCUUCAAGUCAGUUGCGCUGCGAAAGUUUGCGUCAGAUGCUCAGCUGGAUGUAUUCCUUAUCUCUCGCGACCCUAAGAGGUAA